UGUGGCCACGAGCUGCUGAGGUCGCUCACGGUGCUGACUCACGAUGCGUGCCUCACGCUGAGCACGAACCCCGCACCUCUCUACUGGACAGACGGAAGGGCCGAUGCGGCAGCGGCGGUAGCGAUGGUGGGACGGGGGUGGUGGUCGACCCCCAGGCACUGCUAUGAUCAUUCUCAGUGAUCAAGACUACUACUUCACACUGGAGGCUCUCACGCAGGCCGCUAUCAUCCUCACCAUGGCAGUCGCCAUUAUACUGGCCAACGUGCUGCUCAUCGCCACUUUCGUCUACUCCAGAGCCCCUGGAGACGUGAUCAACUGUUACCUGUUGUCACUGGCCGUGGCAGACUUGCUGUGUGGGUUGUUGGUGGUUCCUCUGUCCGUGUACCCUGCCCUGGUCCACUCUUGGGUGUAUGGUGACAUAGUCUGUCGCCUCAUUGGCUACCUUGAGGUCACUCUUUGGGCCGUUCAGGUGUACACGUUCAUGUGGAUCAGCGUGGACAGGUACCUCGCCGUGCGCAAGCCGCUGCGCUACGAGACUGUACAGACCAAGACCCGGUGCCAGUGCUGGAUGGCGUUCACCUGGAUAUCAGCUGCCAUGAUGUGCUGUCCACCUCUCCUCGGCUUCAACCAGCCAAAAUUCGACGAAAAGGCGUUUGUCUGCAUGUUGGACUGGAAAGACAUGGCGGCUUACACGGUGACGCUGGCGAUCAUGGUGCUGGGACCGAGCCUCAUCACCAUCGUCUACACCUACACCUACAUCUUCUCCAUGAUGAAGCGACUGCGCAGCGGAGUUCCUAUACACGACAAGGAGUACGCGACCGCACUCUCCGAGAACCUGUCCAAUCCCAGUCACGUGAUGAGCUUCGUGCUGAUCCUCACCUUCUGGCUGUCGUGGCUGCCCUUCAUCUUCAUCAGGAUGUACGAGUAUUGGGGCAACCACCGCUUCACGAUACCCAACAUCCACUUCACAGUCUUCUGGCUCGGCGUGCUCAACUCCGUCUGGAAGGCCAUCGUCCUCCUCACACUCAGCCCCCAGUUCCGACUCAUGCUGCGUAUCCUGUGUUUGACCGUGUGUUGUAGGUCGAAGGGACGGCUCCAAGCGGAACUGAUAGGUCUGGACGGGGACGACUGAGGGGACUGUCAGCUCCUACCUUACCCCGUCGACGAGCCGGCUCCUGGCCACUCCACGGUGGGUCUCAACUAUCUGACAAGCCUGUAGUCUGCGGCGACGGCGUGCGGUGCGGCUGGGCAACCAACCUACACCUCGUGCAACGAAUCAUUAACGAACGCGGGACAUGGGUUUUGAUUUUUAUAUUGUUGGUAUAACUUAAAAUGGGAAAACUAUUUCUGUUGAUUUCAGCAAGAUAUGUAAUAUUGUGAGUCAAUUGAUAAGUUUCAAUAGAUUUUUUGAAUACUCUUUGCUUGCUCUCGUUGAAUAACUCGAUUACUGCCCCGAGUUCCUCCAUUGCCCAGCCCCGCCGCCCCCGCCAGCCGUUGCAGAGCCCGCUCGCGCGACGGGAUAGGGUAGGACGCUCCUCACACCCAUACUUUUGAUAGUUAUUAGCUGCCUUAUUCACUCCAUUGUUGUAGAUUGAUUUGUUAGGCCGCGGGAGGCUAAAGCUGUCCUAAGUAUGGGCCCGGUGACGUCUAGCGUAGACGCCCGAUCGAUGUUUUCGCUUUUCGUUAUUUGUGGAUUUAUAAUAAUUGUUACUAGUAAUACAAUCGGUGCAAAGUGUUUUAUAGUGAUGAGGAGGUUGUGUUUUUUAUUCCGUUGUGCUACGGCAUACCACCAACACCAGAAGACGACAUAAGCCUUAAUGUCAUGUGUACUCCGGUCGCUCAACGCCCCUGCCUCCUCCUGUAUGUUAGAAGCUUCACUUCGAGCGCUUGGAAGGUGACAAUCAGCUGUUCCAACCAUUUGUAUGCAUUUGUUGGUUUGUAUUGUUUGAGCGGAACCUGGUUGAGGAUCAUUUGGUUCUAAAUUAAACCAAUGAAUACAACUUACCAAGAAUAAAAGUAGUAACAAACUAUUAAAUAUUUCCCUGUGUAAUUGUACUACUUUUAUUAUAAGUUUUGAACAUAUAUCAUUGAAGGUCAUAUAUUACAUGAUAUCUAACAAAGUUAAAUGAAGCUCAUGAGGGUAUUGGAAAAGAAUACUUAAUUUCAGAACGGCAAAAUAAAAACAACAAACCUGAGCCUGUAUGUUUGUUGAGUUGAAAUUGCAUACACUAAAAUUCUGAUUAACCUAUUGCGUAUAUUGUAACACUCUCAAAAUAAUUAUAUAAAAUAAUAUCUGUACACGUCAAUUAAAACUCAAAUAUAAAUUAUACUUAAAUACACCACAAAAUCCAACGAGAACCGUCUAAUCCUCAAUCGUUCCCGCUUGUUAUUUUUUUUCAAUAAAUGUGGUGUUAAAAUUGUCUUUAAUAAAACUAUAACGCGUUGAUGUUGUUGAUUUGAAUUUGCAAGUAUUAGUGUUUAUUGUUGGUUGAUUGUUGAUUUACCUCCGGCUGCCGUUGUUAUAGCCAGCGCCAACUAGUUGCAUCGCUAUGCCGCAUAUGCGAUACAUGUGACCUCCGGCUGAAGUUGUUAUAGUAAGCGCCAACUAGAUGUGACGCUAUGCCAAAUAUGCGAUACAUACGACCUCCGGCUGCAGUUGUUAUAGCCAGCGCCAACUAGUUGUGUCGCUAUGCCGCAUAUGCGAUACAUGUGACCUCCGGCUGAAGUUGUUAUAGUAAGCGCCAACUAGAUGUGACGCUAUGCCAAAUAUGCGAUACAUACGACCUCCGGCUGCAGUUGUUAUAGCCAGCGCCAACUAGUUGCAUCGCUAUGCCGCAUAUGCGAUACAUGUGACCUCCGGCUGAAGUUGUUAUAGUAAGCGCCAACUAGAUGUGACGCUAUGCCAAAUAUGCGAUACAUACGACCUCCGGCUGCAGUUGUUAUAGCCAGCGCCAACUAGUUGCAUCGCUAUGCCGCAUAUGCGAUACAUGUGACCUCCGGCUGAAGUUGUUAUAGUAAGCGCCAACUAGAUGUGACGCUAUGCCAAAUAUGCGAUACAUACGACCUCCGGCUGCCGUUGUUAUAGCCAGCGCCAACUAGUUGCAUCGCUAUGCCGCAUAUGCGAUACAUGUGACCUCCGGCUGAAGUUGUUAUAGUAAGUGCCAACUAGAUGUGACGCUAUGCCAAAUAUGCGAUACAUACGACCUCCGGCUGCAGUUGUUAUAGCCAGCGCCAACUAGUUGUGUCGCUAUGCCGCAUAUGCGAUCUGCCGUUGUUGUAGCCAGAGCCAACUAGUUGUGUCGCUAUGCCGCAUAUGCGAUCUGCCGUUGCUGUAGCCAGCGCCAACUAGUUGUGUCGCUAUGCCGCAUAUGCGAUCUGCCGUUGUUAUAGCCAGCGCCAACUAGUUGUGUCGCUAUGCCGCAUAUGCGAUACUCGACUUGUAGGGGCCUCACUUCUGUGAUGCACUUAGUAUUGUACAUUCUAUUGUACUUUGUACAUACAGUCAAUCGUACGUCAACUUUGUUAUAAAAAGGUCCGGUUUGUUGUCUCGUAGGUGAAAGUACUUUUGAAAGUUCUCUGUGGUCCGAAUAUUUAUGGGGGUAUCUAUUACAUUUUCUGUAAAAAGCGCUAAUAAAAAAAACUUUUUUAAACAAACUUUUAGCAUGAGUUAUUAAUUGAGUUUGAGUUUUAUUGUAAAAAAAUAGAUACCAAAUCAAUGUCAAAACGUAGUCAAAUGGAUGUAAAAUUAUUUCAAAAUGAUCAACGAAUGUGGCCUAAAAUGUUUUAGGAGUAUGAUAGGAACAAACCCGUGUUCACAAGUGUUGGAAUGCCACAGAUUAGUAAAAUAAAGAAGCUGCAAAACCUGUUGCUAGUCAAGAAUUAUAACGAUGCCGGAUUUACCACUCAAGUUCACAAGAAAAAGACAAAACCAUAAAAAAUGCAAUUAUUAUUAUAUAAAAACGUAUUUACUACGAGUGUAGGAGAUGAUGAUGAAGUCUCCGCAAUCGCGGGAUAAGCUCACGAUUUCACCACGAUCGCGGAAAAUUCGCGGGAAGUUCCAAAGUAAGGCUGGCGCCCACUCGGAUUAAUUUUGCCCAGGGUUGCAAAUACCCUAACUUUGGCACUGAACAUAGCUACAAAGAUUUCACAAUACUCAAUACGUAUUCCUAAAAAUUAAUUUACAAAAUCGUUUCUACUAGUUCAACCACAUCUGUGUGUGAUCCUUCGCGAGGCAACGGAAAGGACCUUUUCUCGGUGUUAGAGUAGCUCCAGCCAGCACCUUUAUGGGGCAAUAGUUUUUUAUAGAUCACAUAUAUUUUUAUGGCUGACAGCGUGGGUGUUUGUGUAUGUGUCUGUCGAUGUCAAUGUCCCCAACGCUUUCCACAGAAAUGAGCGCAACUUCAGAUGGUUCUAGAUGAAACUUGUGCCUCAUGAUGAGUACCUGGUGAUGUCACUGCUGUGAGCAUUGGGAACUUUGUUCUGGUUCAAAAUAACCAAUUUCUUCACUAAAAAUAACUUAUUUCCUCGCUAUAAAAAACCGAGUUUGACGUUAGAAAUUGCAUUGACGUCUAUCGUUAGAAAUUGAGUUCGAGUUUCUAGUUGCAAUUUGCAACAGUUUUCGUUACAAUGAUCGAGUUCCUCGUUUGAAGUAGCAACAGAAUAUCUGGUUACAAACUAUUGAGUUCCUCGUUGGAAAUUCCAAAAGAGUUCCACAUUACAAUUUACAACUGAGUUUAGCAUUACAAUUAGUAUCAGAGUUUCUCGUCGAAUUCGCAUUGCAAAUCGUAGAGAUGUCGAUGAGAUUGGAGGACUUUUCUUAUCCGGAUGCGAAAAUGGAAUAAUUAAGGCUACUUGUAAAAUACUUGAGGAACAGGAAGUUCUUCAUAACUGGAACGUAAUGCAUAUAAUUCUUUGUUUCGUAAUAAUUAAAAAUCAGAAAAAUUAUGUUGUGAAUUGAGAUAAACAAUAAACAAACAAAAAAUAAGACACGUAAGUGAUACAGUGCGUUAUCUAUGUACAGGAGACAAGAUUUAUUUUAUAUUUAUUUAUAAGAAUCCCCGUUAAGCUCGCUACGCUUUAGUUUGGUACAAAAUGCUCAUUGCAGUGACAUCCACACUAAUAGUAACACUGGAAAUAAAGACGAUUUUGUGAUGUUAUAGUUAUUUUUUAAACAAACAGUAAUACUAGCAAGAAGUAUUUUACUAAGAAGGAAUGUCUUGAUGAGUUAACAAAAUAACUUUGGGUAUGACUUUGGUUAUUUGUUUUUCCAAUUAAAAUGUGUUUUAUUGUUGGACAAGUUUAUUUGUCUUAUACUAACGGUUAUUCAGUGUAAACUUAAGUUAUAAAAGGUACUGUAAAUAGAUUGAGUUGAAAAAUUAAGAGUAUAAUCGUAAGCAUAUUGUUUCAACAUAAAAUUACAUAAAACCGAGUUAAAAUUCAUUGUAGCCUAACUAAAAAAUUGAAUCCAUUUUGAAUAUUUUUAUUGGCUGAUUUCUUUGCACAAUUGUAUUCAGAGAUGUUUUCAUAACAAUAUUGUAGUGAAUUAGUAAAAAGAAUUCCACGAUUUACUAUAAACGUACUUAAAAAAUAUUACUAAACCUACUGCAUCUCUUAUUUUGCACAUAAUACUAAGCUAUUCUAUACUUUAUGAGCGUACAUAAUGUUUUUAACAAGUAUGCAAUGCAGGCAUUACAAUCAAUCACCUAAUUGUGAUAUUAAUUAUUUAUAAAUGUUAACAUUCGACUAAUCAUACAUCUACUGUACUUUUUGUGUCCACACAGUACAAUAUAAAAAUCUAAUAACAAUACAGACUAAAAAAAUACAAAACCUACUUUGAAAUAAAAUAGGUGUUAAUUCGAUUCGCAUGCUUAUUUAUCAAACUGUCCACUUGUAAAUCAAUAAAUUUACGAACGAACUUUAAAGGCACAUAGGCACCGUCGGUUCGCUAGCAAUCUAUUUAGCUAUAGAGUAUUGUUUCCAUAAGGCCUACAUUGUAUUAUAUUGUUAAUCCCAGGCCAGCUAUGAUUUAUAUAUGUUAUCAUGCCAUUGGUAAUCAACUAGUCGCAGUGGAUGAGUGUGUGUGUGUUUCUGUUAGUUUUAGAGUGUUAUUUUUAAACUCGCCUCUAUGUGACUAUGUGACUAUUAUUUUUAGGUAAAAUAAUCGUCAAACCUAUUGUGUUAGAAAAUCGCUUUACUUCAUUCGUAAGAUGCCACCAUAAACCUUUUAUGCUAAAGUCGCUUCUUAUAAUUUAACGUUAAAUGUUUGGAUUUCCUUCAUCGAAUACUGGAAUAAACAUUUCGUGUGCGCGAAACUAUUUUUACACUCCUCACAAUUACCUACGUGGAGAACUAUUAUUGGAUAGUUAUAGUGCUGCGGUUAGCAACAGUUCUGGCGUCCACUGCUUGAAGCGCCGUGCAGUAUGGCGCACGUGCUACGUAACCACACCGUGCUCCUAGCGGUGGACGCCAGAACUUAUGCUAACCGCAGCACUGCUGACGGUCUAUAUUUAAUUUAAUUUGUCUAUGGUUAUAUACUUACAUGUGCGGUGGGUUAUUUAGCUUUGCACAUAACACGGUUGAAAUUCAAUCUAAAGUUCAAUAUCAAAGUUAGUUUCAAAGUGAAAUCGGUACAGUUUCAUUGUAAAAUGUCAAAGAAAGUUACUUAAACAGGAGUUACUACCGGGAACAACGGUAAACGAUUACAAAAAAAAAAAGAAAUUGUUAUAGAAUAUUUUAACUACAAAUAUUCAUUCUCUGCCAUUGUUUUAAGUAGUGUCUCGAUGUAUAGGGAGUAGAAUAAAGGCUAUAACUGUUUGUUGUCGAGCUUGAUCAAAUUACUGUAUUUAGAACUAGACUAAUAGCUGCGUCAAAAGUUUUGAUCAAUUUAUGGAACUGCUACAACCAAUAUUACCUAUUAAUAUAUUGGUCAAAGACAGGUAUUUGGUAAUUAGGUUAUGCUACUUUGCUUUUAGAAUGGGUUUGGAGGUUAAGAAAAUUUGGAAACACUAUGUAAAGCAGUACAAGUAUGUAUAAGUGGAUACAACGAAGGGUAAAUAUGUGUAAGGGUAUUUAAUAUAACUUGAAUCACCAAAUUAUGCAAUUUGUCUAUUAAAAUCUCAACACCUUUGUUUUUGUCGCAAUUCUAUAGGGAUAUUGAUCGGUAAUAUGAUCAUGAAAAAGGAGAUAACUUCUUAUCAAACAUAGUUUCAAUUAUUGUUAAAAAUAUUUUGUUGAAAUACUGUAUCACCUUUUAAAUAUCACUUGGCUCUAACUAGACUAUCACUAAGAAGCAUUGGUUUUAAUUGAACUCGAAAGCAUUAUAUUUAACUUCCAACAUUCACGACUCGGUCACUUCUUACUCUAUGCAUUGUGUGGUCAGGCUCCUUUCUCUAUGUAUCACGAACAUCUGUUCUGGCGCUAGUUUCUGUGUGUACUAUGUGUCGUAUUUAGAAGCUCGCCUACACUUUUUUUCUAAUAAUUUAUAAUUUUUGUACGUAUACAUAUAGUUUGCUAGUUUUGUAAUAGUUUUUUAAAACGUUUGUCAACAACUUGUAAAAUUAAUAAAGUGUAUAAUUUUUAAAUUAAGUUGGUCAUGUUCAUAAAGUGUAAUGUAGAUAUAGAUAUUAAAAUGUAUCUAAUAAAUUAAUUAUCAAAUUGUU